AUGUCCACUGAUGGCACCCAAACUGCUGAGUUAGACAAGCACAUGGCGCAGGAUCUUGUGAAAGAAAUCGCGAAAGAACGUGGUUAUCUUGGUGAAGAGCAACUCGUGCGGAUCGGGGAAAUUAACCCCGUGCUUCGCCGCGAAGUGGAAGAGGCACUACUCCGAAAAGAUGAGAUGAUUGGUUCUGCUGUCUUGACGCUCGCCAGGAAUCUCUAUACAAGCAACGCUAGGUUUGUCUUUGAGUUGCUGCAGAAUGCCGAUGACAAUGAUUACAGCACAGCUGUGUCACAAGGUCAGGACCCGUAUGUCUCUUUCAAGGUACACCCUGACAAGGUGACGAUUGAGUGCAAUGAAAAUGGCUUUACUCAUGAGAACUUGAAAGCAAUUUGUGCAAUUGGUAAAAGUUCAAAGGUCGGCGCGGCUGGUUAUAUUGGAGAGAAAGGCAUUGGGUUUAAGUCUGUCUUCAUGGCAGCCUGGAAGGUCCAUAUCCAGUCGAACAAGUUUUCUUUCUCUUUCACUCAUCGCAAAGGAGAUUCAGGUCUCGGAAUGGUCACGCCUGUGUGGGAGGAGACGGAUGAAGCGACAGGUGACUCCUCCACUCGCAUCACUCUACUGCUUCAUACAAGUGAGGACCCGGAAGAAGACGAACGGCGACGCGACACCAUCCGCCUCCAAUUUCAAGACUUGCAACACACGAUACUACUGUUUCUCCAAAAGCUACGCAAAGUACAAGUUUCUUUUUACGACAACGAUGAUGUUCAAACGGCAACCACCGUUUAUUCUCUUCACGGAAGCAAUCCCGCAACUAUUCGAAAGGAAACAUCUGAUGGUGUAGAGGAGAGACAGUAUCAUGUCACCAAGCACGUUGCUGAGAACAUCCCUCGAAGCGAGAAUAGAACAUACUCAGAUGAGCGGGACCGCGCUGACUCCUCCACUGAAGUCGUACUGGCGUUUCCCUUGACAGAUACGGGAACUCCAAUUGUCGAGAACAAGGAUGUCUUUGCGUUUCUCCCAAUGUGA